ACGUGCAUACCAACUUACAUUCAUAGCAAGCGAAGUUAACUGCUGUUCAGGCAGUUGGUUAUAGUUCAUUCGCGCGACAGACGCGCCCACAGAUGGACGUCUGUAUUUAUUCUAAACGUUUCAAAUUAUUAUUCACACAAUUAUAAAUUUUUUUUUGCAAAAUUUUUUGAAAAAAGUGAAAAAAAAAACAGUGUAUGUGUAACUAAAUUGUAAUAAUUAAAAUUUUUUUUCGGCGGGAAUUUUGAAAUUGUUUUAAAAAAUUGUGAAUCGCGUGAUACUAAUUUUUAGGGGGGUAAAUUCAAAAAAAAAAAAAAAAAUUAUAAUAAUUUAAUUUAAUUUACAUUUUGCCGGCCCUGAAAGUGGUACUGAUUGCGCGAGUGUCGGCAUCGAUCGGCGCGCGACUUAUGUUUCUUCAGUGAGUGUUUAGCAGAUUCAGUGCGCGGUUACGUAUUUACUAUAUAUAUAUUGGGAACCACCCCCUUAAUUCAGGAAUUACUUUCCACCCCCUCUCCACCUCUUUUCUGUCAGUUUCUCAACAGCCUGUUGAUCUAUUUCCUAUCAUAUAUAUAUAUUUUUUUAUAUAUAUAUAUAUAUAGAAAAAAAAAUAUUCUAGUCCUCGUGAGUGUGUUUUGAACUUUUAAAAUCUUUUCUCUCAUUUAAAGGAAGAACCUUUCAAGGUCUAUAACCGGUAUCUUAUAUAGAAAUUCCACUGGAUCACGAGGCCACAAUAUACCGUUUACACUAUAUACACAAUAGGAUUUUUGGAGGAGUCGAAACAUGAGUGUCUUUUAGGUGCUUUUUUUCCCCCUGAUCUCUUCGAAUUGGGUCUGAUUUAUAUAUUCGUGUAGAGUGAACGGAAAGGGGAGGAUCAUGGAAUUUUACGACGUGGGAACAAGCGACUUAAGGGAGCUAUGGGAUACCUAUCUCAUAGAACCGACAUUUGGCCACGAUGUGCUGAUGAAUAUGAGGGAGGAUGAAUGGGGUGUAUUAUGCUCAAAAGAUAAAACUUCGAUGAGCGUUGUCCUAAGGGACAGGCUAAUGACGGAUGCAGCACUUGGUGGUUCAAAGCCAAUUAAAACUGAACACAGCUACAGUCUUCUUGCUUGUAGUCCACCACCAAGUCCAUCAGAAUCUCCUAGUGACGCUAAUCAUCACCACCACCACCACACUCCCCACAGUCUGGACAGCACCAAUUCAGCUAUCUCUGCUGGCUCGACAACCGUUAUUUCCUGUUCUAGUAAUACCACUGUCGAAACUCACAAAACCAUGGAAUUGCGAAGUCGUAUUCACGUUGUAGAUAUGGAAGAGGAGUGUUUUCCUGCCAUUUCAAUGAAGACUGCAUCGAGCCGAGAGUCAUUGUCUUCACCGCCACCUUCGCCUUCACCAAGUAUUGAACCAUCGAAAUUAUCAUUAAUCGUAGAAGGUGGUAGUGGUGGUGGUGGUGGUUAUUGCACCACUGUUAAAAGUGAAACAAUUAGUGAACCCGAAAGUCCCGAAGAGACUUGCAAUUUAGAUGAAAAAAAUCACACAAUCACAAUGGUCGAACCACAUAGACUUCAUUUUGCAAGAAACAGUGUAUGCCAAACUAGUGAGAGUGAUGAUGAUGAAGACGAAUUGUAUGAGAGAAUGGACCUUGAGGAGUUUGAGGUAACUUGCGCAGAAAGUGGUGAAACAUUUAGCGCUUCACGACAAGUAUUACCACCAACUCCACCAAGUAGCGCGAGUUCCGAUAGUGAAGGAACAGCUUCCGCUUCCUGUUCACCAGAGCGUCGAGAUCCACAAAGUAGUUCCACUCACGUACAGAAUCUUCGAGGUCUUCUAACUCCAAGGCUCUAUGUCAGCAAUGGAAUUCACACGCACACAACAACCAGACAACCAAUACACACUCCACUUAUUUCCUGUCAGCCGAAAGGAUCGACGGGAAACUUAACAUUAACAGAAGAAGAGAAGAGGACUUUAAUAGCAGAAGGUUAUCCUGUACCAACAAAGUUACCUCUCACGAAACAAGAGGAAAAGUCUCUCAAGAAAGUCAGAAGGAAAAUAAAAAAUAAAAUAUCAGCACAAGAAUCGCGUAGAAAGAAGAAAGAAUAUAUGGAUGGCCUCGAGAGGAGAGUAACAGUUUUAACAAAUGAGAAUUCCUCCUACAGAGACAGACUGACCGACCUUGAGGAUACAAAUCGUGAAUUACUGAAGGAAUUACACCGCCUUCAAGCACUUUUGCAACUACAGUCUUCCUAGUUUCAUUUCAAAACUGAUGAAAAGCAUCAUCAUCAUCAUCGUCAUCAUCGUCAUCAUCAAUACGACCUUAAUUAUAACUUUUAGUAUUUCAUUCCUCAACGAUGAUGAUGAUGAUGACGAUAGAAGAUCAGUAUCUUCCUUUUAAUAGGCUGACUACCUACUUAUAAAUAUAUAAAUAAAUUUGUCGACGCCGACGGCCCUAAAAACCUCGUCUAUUUUGCUUAUAUAUUCUUGUUAGUUUUAUCAUCAUCAGUUAUCGUCAUUUGUGUAUAUUAGAGUCAAUUGUAAAAGCGCAUCCUCAUUAAAUAAUGAAAAAAAAAAGAAAAUUCCAAGAAUUGGAAUGUCGCGAGACGCAAAUCAUCGCUUUUGCGUUCCCGUAUUUAUUUCUGUGCAAUAUUGAAUAGAAAACAAAAAGAAAAAAAAUAUUGUGCGCCGAGAAGAAGAAAUGUCCAAAGAAUAUGCUUAUUAUUUUUUAAUAUAAUUAUCUAGCUCGAUUUUUUUUUUCCAAUUUAUAUUGUUAUUUGAUUUUUUUUUUUUUUUGAGAUUUUUAAAGCACUUGGAGAAAAAUUUCUAUCUUCUGUUUUAUUUUUUUGUUUUUUUUUCUUUGUGAAUUGAAAAAAGAGCCUUUAGAUUUUGAAGAGACGCUUGAAUUAAAUAUUUAAAUAUUGUCCGAGUAGUAAAUUUUUAUCGUUUUUUUUAAAUUUAGAGACAAUUUUUAUUUAAAUAAAUUAAUAAAUAAAUUAUAGUUCUUGUAUAUUUAAAAAUUUGAUUUUUUUACAAAGGUGCCUUAAUUUUUCCAUUUUUUUUAAGGUAAAAAAUUGAACUUGAAAGUAUUUUUUAUUCGAAUUUUAUGAUAAAAGGAAUUUUUUUUUGUAACCAUUUGUUUGGAAAACAAUUCUUUUUUAGAAAAAAUUUUUUUUUUUAUUCUAAUAAUGAUUAUUAAAAAAAAGUAAUUAUUCAUAAGCGUCGAUUCGAAAUAAUUCAGUCAAGUUAGUAUUUUUGGAUUCUGAAAGUUCGGAACCAAAUUUUUUAUCCAUUAAACCCUUCAUUUUGAGGUAGAAAUAAAGUGGGACGAAUGAAAAAAAAAAACGGAAAUUAAUUUUUUAGAAUUUUCAUUUUUUGACAGAAUUUUUGUUAUGUAGAAUUUAUUUUUAGUCGAAUUUUUAUUUCUUCGAAUUACUAUAUUUAACAGAAUUUCCAUUUAUCCGAAUUUUUUUAUAUUACUGAAUUUUUAUUUCAACAAAUUUUCAUUUUACAGAUUUUUUUAUUUCAUUGGAAUUUAAAUUUGAUAGAAUUAUUAUUUGCUGAGAUUUUCAAAUGAAUAAUAUAUCUAAGAUUAAUUUAUUUUUAUUACAAUUUUAUAUAUUUGAUAAAAAAUUUUUUCAAUUCUCUAAUUUUCUUUUAACUUAAUUUUUGAAUAAACGAAUAUUUACUUCGUAGUAUUUUUAUUUUUCAGAAUUUUUAUUUUUUCGAAUUUUGAUUUAUCAUAAUUUUUAUUUGUUCGAAUUUUAAUUUGUCAUAAUUUUUAUUUGUUCGACUUUUAAUUUGUCAAAAAAUUCGUAUUUGUUCGAAUUUGCAUUUUAUAGAAUUUCUAUUUUUUCGAAUUUUUAUUUGUCAAAAUUUUUAUUUGUGCAAAAAAUCACCUUUUUUUUGCAAAUUAUUAUCUCGCAUUAUAUUUUAGCGUAAAAGAAAUUAUUACAAGAAAGAAAGUGUACAAAAUUCUAUGUAAUUUAAAAAAAAUUGAACCCUGUAUCUCGAAAAUUGACUGAGAUAUAACUUCCCAAAAAAAAAAACCCGGAUUUUUUUUUACAAAAAUCCGGUACUUUUCAGUUUUUUGGAAUUUAGUCAGCUUUCAUUUUUCUAUUCACAAUUUUUUGGAAAAUAAUAAAAAAAAGCGUUAAAAUCGAAAAACUGAAAAAUACCGGUUUUUUGUUGAUAAAAUAAGGGGAAAAAACGGUUUUUUUGGGGCAGCCAUAACUCGGUCAAUUUUUUAGCUACAGGGUUGAAUUUUUUUUUAAAUUACUCAGAAUUUUAUACACUAUCUUCCUUCCUACUAUUUUUAUGCAAAAAUUUUAAUGGAAGGUAACAAUUUUCAAAAAAAAAAACGAAUUUUUUCAAAAUUAAAAAAAAAAUUUUUUUGUGGAUUUUAAUUGUAAUUAAAUUUCUCUGGUAACAAACUUAGGUACUUUAUUUCUACUCCAAAAAUGUAGAGUUUAUGUCGAAAAAAAGCGAAUCGAAAUUAGAGUGUAAUUUGUCUUUUUUUCUCAACUUGACUGGACAAAAAAAUAUAUUAUUAAAUUUUAAGACUUAGAAUAUGGAGUAAAUUUGGAUUAACAUCCGUUUCGACUGAUUCCAUAAUACAGGGUCUCGUUAAAUAUGAGAAACUGAAAACUUAUACAUAUAUAUAUAUUAUGUACGACGCUUUUUGUGUGUGUUUGUGUGUGUGUAUUUGUGUCUUUAUCACAAAAAAAAAACAUAUUUUUUCAACUACAAAAAAAAAUGAAUAUAUAGAGAGAAAAAAUUUAUUAAAUCAAUUGUUAUAUAAAUUUAAUCGUAAAAAAAAGAAAGAAAAGUUUCCUAGUGGAAGUUUCUCACACAUUUAUUAUAAAUUAGAUUUAAAAAAGAGAAAUCACUUUUGAAUAUUAAGAAAAUUUUAAAUAAAAUUAUAUAAUUAAUUAAAAAUAAUUAAUUAAAAUUAAUUUUUAAAAAACCAAUUGAUUAAAAUUAAUUAAAAUCAAUUAAUAUUGAAAAAAAUUAAUUAAAGAAAAAUAAAAAGACUGAAAUUAUUAAAUAGUCACCAGAAAUAAUUUUUUUUUUUUAUAUAUUUGACAUUGUUGGUACUUUUAUUUUGUAAUCAAUUUAAUUUAUUUGUUAGCUUAUUAUUUUUUUUUUGCUGGUGACAUUUGAAAGAAGAUGUGUAUUUUUUCUAAAAAUAUAUUAAGAUUGAUAAAAAAAAAGAAAUUACGAAAUUUCCACUAGGUAGUUAAAUCGAAAGAAAUAAUUUCUUUCGAAAAAUAUUUUUUCAACUAUAUUUAUGAAUUUUUCAUAUAGAAAAAAAAAUGUAUUCACAAUAAUGUGUUUCAUUUUUUUUCUCACCGAAUAAUUAACACCAAAAAAAAAAAAAAAAAAAAAAAAAAAAAAAAUUUCGGUACUAAUUUUGAAAAACAAGGAAGAGACAUUUUUUUUGCUCCGAUUUGGGAGUAUGAAAAAUUAUGUGUUUUUAAUAAUAAUCUUUUGAAAAAAAUGAUGUUUGUUAAAAAGUAGCAUAAUAGAAUCAUUUUUUUUUUUUUUUAUAUAAUCAUAUUGAUUGUUUUUAAUCAUUCCAUUACGUUUUAGAAAAUAAUUUUGUGAUGCAGUCUCGAAAAAAAAAGAAAAA